AUGGCAACCCCAUGGCCCCAGGAGCAAACAUGGCCAACGCACCAUCGAGAGCACGCCACUCAACUUAGCAGACACCUUCAGACAGCACUCAAAUCAAUCGACACCGCAAACGAACACCCCCUUGACCCGAAAGCCGUGAGACUCACUCUCAUUGCCACCAUCUCCCUGCUGGCCAAAUUGCAGAAAUUGCCCGAGCUCGGACACCUCCACCAAGCUAUUGAGAGUCUACGUGCGGAAAACAAGACAGCCAACGAGAGCAACAUCCACGAAUCGAGAACCAUCAGGAUUGCUAUGCAGCAGAAUAUGGCCGAACUGAAGGAAAACACCAACACAACGCGCGCAGCCAGCGCGGCUGCCAAGGAGGCUUGGAAAGCCAGCGAGCUGGCGGUCAAGGUCGUGAAGGAUAUCAAAGCACUGGGGCCGAUGAAUCAGGGGAACACCGUGCAGUCAUAUGCCAGCGUAGCCGCCCGAGGAGGACUUGCAGGGAGCAUGCAUAACCCCUAUAACCAGAGAGCGUCCCAGACCCAGACCCUGCGUGAAAUCAUUGUGAACAUUAGAGACCCCAUUACCAUUGCCAGCAUAAGAGCCAUGAACCCCCGUAGCCUCAAGGCGCACGUAGACCGCGCCAUCGAACAAAGCAGCAACGAGCAUAUCCGCAAGCUCAAGACCGUGUCCGCCAAUCAGCUCAAGAGCGGCGACCUGAGCGUCAAGACAGCAACGACGAAAGACAUGGAGGCCCUCCGGCAGUUUGCCGAGGACUGGGAAAACCACAUCGGCAACGGAGCCGCCGUGAGGAUCCCAACCUACGGAGUGCUGGCGCACGGCAUCAGAACCAGCUCCAUGAGCAUGGACCGCUUUACAGAAAUCAGGGACGACCUGCUGCAGGACAACAAAGCAUUCAUCCCCAGAGCAGACAUCAAAUACGUAGGCUGGCUGACCCAAUCGGCCAGCAAAAAGACGGCAUCAUCAGUGGUCGUGGAGCUCUCAAGGGCAGAAGACGCCAACAAACUCAUUGACGAGGGACUCAUCUGGCAAGGCCAGGUGUUCCAAUGCGAACGAUACGAUAGACAGUGCCGUCUGAGGCAGUGUUUCAAGUGCUGCGCAUACGGCCACAUAGGAACCCAGUGCAAGGCAACGACAACAUGCGGCUACUGUGCGCAAGAACACGCGACCCGAGAUUGCCCCUCGAAAAGCGACACGACGACCCCAAGGAAAUGCGCCGCAUGCUACGGCGAACACGAGGCAUGGCACGGCGGAUGCCCUACCAGGAUACGCGAGAAGGCCAAGAUCAAGGCCGCCUACGGCCUACGGUCGAGGUACCAUCCGGAACAGACGGCCCCGCCGCCGACCCUAGGAUCGGAAACCCGGACCAGGCCGAACCCGAGAAUGGCACGGCCGCCACUGGAACCAGGACAAUCCCAGGAGAAUCGCCCGAGCCGGAGCCGGUCCCCGACGAAGAAAAUCCAGAAGAGGCCUAACCCGACAGCAACCCAGGAAUCGGAGGAGACGAUCACCGUAGCAGCAGAGAAUACGCGUCCGAGACGCACAAUCAUCCGAUCGCGAAGAGCGCUCGAGGCGCUCGACCCCAACACGCAGAUGACAGACACGCAGACAAUAAGCAACAGCACAGCGAUGGAGAUCGUCGUCGACGAUAGCGAAUGA